AUGGGAUUGGCAGCCAAUCUUUACACACACACACACACACACACACACACACACACACACACACACACUCCUAGACCCUGCUCUCAGUGCUGCCCUACAAACACCUCUACCAUACGCACAGGUAGUGGAGAGUGUCUGGAACAUGGUUAUAUGUUGAACAGUCGGUACCAGGUGGUCUAUCCCUUCCCCACCUUCCAGCCUGCCUUCCAGCUGAAGAAAGACCAGGUGAUCUUCCUCAACACCUCCUAUUCCCUGGUGGCCUGCUCUGUGUCCCUCUGUCCAGGUGAGCAGGGUCAUUCGACUCAGAUCCUGUUCAGAAAGAGAGCCACAGCCCCCACCUCAGAACAUCAAUCCCUCCAUCGCCCUCUUCAUCCUCUUCCUCUCAUGGGUCUCCCGACAGCCGUGAGCGUGGAGAGGGAUAGAGAACAGAGGGAAGACACACAGAUGGAUCAACUGACUAGCGCACCACAGACUUCCACUUCAGCUGGGAACCAAAGUUUGUUGCGACCUUUGCAGGAGGACUCUAUUCAGUGUAGUGCGGUGUCUCCUGCCUCCUCCUCCUCCUCGUCCCCCCCCACUCCUCAGUCUUCUCAGGAAGCAGGCUGCAGCGAGCCGGGAUAUGUCAACUACACCCGCUUGCAGUACCGCAUGCCACAGCCGGGGGCGCCAGAGCAGGCUGCAGGAGGUUAUGAGGAUGAUAAGGUCCAGCUGCCCUUCACUGUGACUGACCUGAAGGGACGCAACCUACAGCUGGUCACUGGGCCCCACAACGGACAGAGUGUGUGUGUGGAGCAGUUGACUCUGGACUUUGAGUACCUGAUAAACGAGGUGAUCCGGAGCGACGCCCGCUGGGCUCCUCAGUUCUGUUCCUUCAACGACUACGACGUUGUUAUACUGGAGGUGUGUCCAGAGACUAACACAGUGGUGAUCAACAUUGGGCUGCUGCUGCUGGCGUUCUCCAACCCUGAAGAGGAACACUGCAGGCCCAACACCUACCACUCCAGUCUGCAGGUGAGCUGGGACCUCAACACAGGAGUGUGUCACACCGUCGGAGUCGGUGACCUCACUGAGGUCAAGGGUCAGACCAGUGGCAGUGUAUGGAGUUCCUACAGGAAGUCUUGUGUUAACACAGUAAUGAAGUGGCUGGUUCCAGAGAGCAGCUCUCGUUACAUCAACCGCAUGACCAACGAGGCCCUGCACAAAGGUUCCUCUCUACAGGUGUUAGCUGACAGCGACCGGAGUACCUGGAUCAUACUAUGAGGGACAACAGAGGGGUGUCCUGACACCAGAGGCUCGGACUGUCACACACACACUGACACACACCGACACGCAUACAGUAAGCCUGUUUAGCUGCUACAGUAACAGUCAUAGGUUUCCUCUCAAAUGGCACCCUAUUCCACAUGUGGUGCACUACAUUUGACUGUUUCCCUUUAUGACUCUGGUGAGAAGUAGUGCUCUAUAUAGGACCUUCAGACUCCAUUCUGGACCUGGAAAGCAGUUCCACUGUUUCAUUGUUCCCCUCUAAUCAGGGACUGAUUUAGACCUGGGACACCAGGUGUGUGUGCAAUUAAUGAUCAGGUAGAACAGAAAGCGAGCAGGCUCCGGACCUCGUAGGGUCAGAGUUGGAUACCCCUGAUUUAGGGAAUAGGGUGCCAUAUUGUCAUGAAUCUGUGCACCUGCCUCUGUGUGUGUGAUGUUGUAGGAUGGAAGAAUCAGGAGGCAUUCAGUGUGUUUUCCACAUGUUCUGUUUUUGUUUGACUAUAUAAUGUAACAUUUGCGCCCAUGGAUCCAGAGCUGAACUGAACAAAGAUGAUUUUACUGUGGGUUUUUAGUUUAGUUUGUUUGGUGUAACUUUCCGUUUUAUGACUGUGUGAGAGAGAGAUGUAUAUAGAGAGAAGUUGUGUGGUCCUCAUGCCUCCGAGAUUCUGCUGCUGUUCUCGGAACCUAAAGGCCACUCCUCUAAACCAGCUCUGUCCAGGUUCAUCUGGUUUUAUCCAGUUUGAUCCAGGUCUGAAUCUCCAUGUCUGUCUGAUUGCAACAGGGCCUACACAUGAACUGGAGUGACUGACGUUCCCCUAAGUACAGAUCUAGGAUCAGCUUCCCCUCCCCCAAUCAUAACCUUAACCAUUAGUGGGGGGGAAUGUGAAACUGACCACAGAUCAGUGUCUUAGGGCAACUUCACCAUACACCCUGAUCUGUCUCUUAUUUUACCAUUGACAGAUUUCUUCUUGGAUGCGUCCAAAAUGGCUCCCUAUGUAGUGCACUACGUUUUGUCCAGAGCCUCAUAAGCUCUCAUAGAGCUUUGGUUAAAAGUAGUGCACUACAUAGGGAAUAGGGUGUCAGUUCAGAUUGUCCCCUUCAUAAAUGUAUUUGUAUGUGGAGUUAACUUUCCCAAAAUUCCCAGGUUUUCUAGAAAUCCUGGUUGAAGGAUUCCAGAUUAGUCCUUCUUCCCAGGAAUCUUUUUAGGAAAGUUACAACCCUAGAUGGAGCAGAGGUUUAUGGGAUAUGGAGUUAAGCAACCUGUUAUUAUCUGGAUGUAUUUUAACAGACUGGACAGAGAGAGCAUGGUUCACUUGAUUAUUUUUUCAUAAAAAUAAAUAAUUGAAAGAUUCA